CGUCAUGCUACGGAAGUGCGGACGUGCUGAAGCAGUGGCGUGUGGGCCCUAGCCAGCUAUACCGGGCUGUAACGCAAGUAAACUGAAUAAAAACAAACGUGAAUGUCAGUGUUUCAUAUUUCAUGUAGAUAGCUUACAGUUUAUCAGCCUGCGGUCUGACAAUGGGAGCGAACAACAGUACCCGCCGCGUGUCGUUUGAGUCAGACGAGAACGAGAAUAUAACAGUGGUGAAGGGCAUACGGCUUUCUGAGAAUGUCAUCAACCGCAUGAGGGAACCUGAAGCUCCUCCCAAACCUCAACAUGCUCCCACUCCACCUCCUCCCAUGGCGCCCAUCCUCACUCCUUCUAUCCUGCGGCCAGUGCCGCCCCUCUUCGACCCGAUCACCCCCUUGCCUUCUCCCCCUCCUCCUCUCGUAGAACCUGUUGCACCUCCAGCUCCUCCUCCACCUGCUCCAUCUGCCACAGAGACUGUGGCUGCACCUCCACCACCUCCUCCUCAACCAUCUACAGAACAGCCCCCAGUGGAGCCAGUAUCCCCUGCUCCUGUCCCUGAGCCAGUGGUAGUGCCUGAAUCAAUUUCGGUCCCACCACCACCUCCUGCUGCACCAGCCGUUGAUGAAGAGGCCCUGAGGAAGAAGAUCACCGAUGAGCUGCAUAAAAGCUUGGAGCAGGACAGGGCCAAGGCAGAGCAAGAGCUGCAAGCCUGGAUUAAGGCGGAGAAGGACCGGGCAGCGGCCCAGGCUCAGUCCGAUGCCCAGUCCCAGGUGCAGGAUGAAGUGUCCAGGAUCCUGUCCAUGGAGCGGGCUGUGGCCCAGGAGAGCAUCCAGCAGGCUGUAAUACGAGAGAGGAUCGCCACUGAGGACGAGAGACUCCGCGCUCAACUCUACGCCAAGCAGCUGGCGGCCAGAGAAGCAGACCUAAACAAGCAGGAUGCUUUCUACAGAGAGCAGGUGGCCCGGCUGGAGGAGAGGAGCGCUCAGUUCUACAAGGUCACCACGGAGAACUACCAUAAAGCUGCCGACCAAGUGAACGCCAAGUUCAAGCGGUAUGAGGCGUAUCCUGUGUGUGCAGACCUGCAGGGCCAGAUCCUCGCAUGUUACAAGGAGAACGUCGGAAAAACCCUCAACUGCUCCAACAUAGCAGCCCUUUACCUCCAGUGUGUCAACAACGCCAAACAGAACAAGUUGAGGACCGGAGGUUAAGGAAGUUAAUAAAAGGAGAGAGCAAUGAAGAGUUUAUUGUGUGGGAUUACUGAUUAUUGACCGACUGACAAACCAGAGUGGAGGAAAGUGAGGAAUGAGUCAGCACCAAGACACGCACCCUCAAAACCAACACGGCGAACCGAACCGGACCAGACUAGAGGCACCGAACACGGCACCCUGAUAGAGAAAUAGACACCUUUUACCCCUUGAUUCCUAUCUCCUUCCCUACCUCUCUUACCUUCUGUCUAUCUCUCCUGUGAGUACGUAGGGAGGCAGUGACACUCUAAGAUUUUGGAGAAGACGAAGAAGUGAUGAGACCCAGCAGGCUUGAGCUCGGCCCGCUAUAAGGACAGUAAAUAUAAACCUGGAAGACCACAACAAAGCGACCUCUGUUACAAAUCACUUUGACCCAUCCCCUCUCAUUCCACUCACAUAUCGUUAGCGAAAUAAAAGUCUAUUUUUACUAAUAAAAGUCAGUCCUAUUUUGCUGUCCAUAAUUCAUUGUUUUCCUGCUCCUACUGCACUACCCUGUACACGAAAUACACAUGUACGCAUCUGUUUCUUCUUUGCAUCUGUUCUUGUGAGUUUGUGUUAUGUUAAUAAUGUAACAAUCUGCUGUGUUGAGCAUUCAUCCCAACCAACACUUGUGACAACGUCUGAUCAGAGGAAAUAAAAAGACGAAACGAUGCAGGAA